AUGUUUUUCAAGUCCUUGGCCAUUGCAUCGAUAGGUUUUUUGGCCAAGCAGGCAUCUGCGGCCUUUGGAAUCACUACUAGCUCUGACUCCUAUGUAAUCGAUGCUGGCUCAGCAAACGACCUUGUUUUUACUGUCAGCCGGACAAAUUGUGACAUAACAUCUAUCAACCACUUCGGAUCCGAGCUUCAAUACAAGUCAACUGGUUCUCAUAUCGGAUCAGGUCUUGGUAGCGCAACUGUUUCGGCGACCGAGAGUGGCGACUACAUCAAGGUGACCUGCGAAACGUCCACCUUGACACAUUACUAUGUUGUCCACAAGGGAGAUUCCAUUAUCCACAUGGCAACUUACACAAUUGCAGAGCCCAGUAUUGGAGAACUUCGAUACAUCGCCCGCCUUAAUGCCGACCUGCUUCCCAACGAAGAGCCAUUUGGCGAUGUGUCCAACAUUGGAGGUGGUACUGUUAUUGAGGGAGCGGAUGUGUUCUUGGUUAACGGAGAAACACGAAGCAAGUUCUACUCUAGCCAACGGUUUAUUGAUGACAAAAUCCACUGUGUUUCUGGAAGUGCACACCGCGUGUGCAUGAUCUUGAACCAAUACGAAACAUCUUCUGGUGGACCGUUCCAUCGAGAUAUAAACACCAACAAUGUCGGCUCUUACACUGGCCUAUACUGGUAUAUGACUGAGAGCUACCGCCAGGGCCUGCAUGGCCCGUACUCGAUGACCUUCAGCCUGAACGGAACCCCCAGUUCCACCCUUGACACAUCGUUCUUUGCCGAUCUCGAUAUCAAAGGAUACGUCGCCACAUCUGCUCGAGGCUAUGUUAACGGUACUGCAUCUGGGGCUGACUCGACUUUCAAAUGGGUGAUUCACUGGAAAAACGACGUCGCACAGUACUGGACCUACACUUCGUCUUCCGGAGUUUUCACCUCCCCUGCCAUGAAGCCCGGCACCUACACUAUGAUCUACUAUCAGGGCGAAUAUGUCGUUGCUACCUCUUCUGUGACUGUUACUGCCGGAUCAACCACGUCGAAGAGCAUAUCCGGGUCUGUGAAAACCGGAACAACAGUCUUCAAGAUUGGAGACUGGGAUGGAACACCAAACGGCUUCCGAAAUGCAGCCUACCAGCUCCGCAUGCAUCCCUCCGACACCCGCAUGUCUUCUUGGUCCCCGGGCACCUAUACAGUCGGCACCUCUCUAGUUUCUGAUUUCCCCAUGGCUCUCUUCAAAUCGGCGAAUUCACCUAUGAUAAUCAAGUUCACAGCAUCCUCUUCGCAAACCGGAGCUUCAACUCUGAGAAUUGGCACAACACUUUCAUUUGCUUCUGGGCGGCCUCAGGUUAACGUCAACAGCUAUUCUGGUCCCAUUCCUUCUGCUCCAACUAACCUCAAGUCCCGUGGCGUGACUCGCGGCGCGUAUAGAGGAUUUGGCGAGGUUUACGACAUCUCGAUCCCGGCAGGAACUAUCGUCGCUGGGUCUAACACUAUCACCAUCAGCGUUGCUUCUGGUAGCUCUGGAGAUACUUACUUGAGUCCAAACUUUAUCUUUGAUUGCGUAGAGCUCUUCCAGUAA